AUGGAUCCAAGCAAUCUUCCUAGUCAGUCCUCUAGCUACGUAGGACUGCUUCACAGUCAACAAGGAAGCGUUUAUCAUGAAAACUUCCCUUAUGGAAGUUUUCAUUCUAGUGUCAACUUUGGAGAAUCCGAUACAUUUCCGGCUUUCAAUUCUCAACAACCUGAAGACGCACCAGUCGACGCACCAGUAGACGCACAAGCUGCCCGUCCUGUAAGACGCAAGUGGAACCCUGCAGAUGACGAGGUGCUGAUCAGUGUGUGGCUCAACACUUCGAAGGAUUCGAUUGUUGCAAAUGAGCAGAGGUCGGGGGCCUUCUGGACACGGGUUGCUAAGUAUUAUGCAGAGAGUGCUCAUGGAAGAGAGGAUGGUGUGAGAGAGCAAGGUUGUUGCAAGAAGAGGUGGCAUAGAAUCAAUGAUGACGUUAACAAGUUCUGUGGUGCAUACUCGGCAGCUCAGCGACAAAUUAGCAGUGGUGAGUCUGACACAGACGUUCUGAAGAAGGCGCAUGAAAUUUUCUUCUCUGAUCAACAGCACAAGUUUACCCUUGAACAUGCUUGGUGUGUGUUGAGGUUUGAACAGAAGUGGCUCAGCCUUAACACACCCAAAGCUGGUGGCGUUUCAAAGAGGAAGAAUGUGCAGACAGAUUCCCAAACUUCUACCAACGAAGGCUUCGUUGAUGUUGAGACCAGGCCCGAAGGUGUCAAGGCUGCUAAGGCUAAAAGAAAUACGGGUAAAGGGAAGUCCAUGGCUGAGAUUGCAACAGUUUGGGAAAUGAAGAAGGACGAUUUGGUGAGGAAGGAGAGACUGUCGAGGCUAGCAAUACUAGACACUCUCCUUACCAAGCUUGUUCCAUUGACUGAGAGGGAAGAAUCUGCGAAGAAUAAGCUCCUAGCCGAGUUAUUCUGA